UCUUUUCAUGGGGGUACGUUUGCGAUUUUCGUCGAUUAUUCAAUACAUAAUGGAUUUAAAUUCAUUAAAUAAUUACAGCUGCGUUAGUAGCGGCAUUUAUGUGAAAUGAAAAAGCAUGAGAUCAAAAUAUGAGUUCACCGUCGGCGGUGGUGUGCCGCGAGAUUUUCGACGAAAACAGCCAGCCUUCGGCGGAGGAAAUAUCUGAUUAUGCAUGCCAACUGGGCAUUGACCCUGAGAGCGAGAGCCAUCUCCUGCCGCUGGCUCGCGAUGGCCUCAUGCAAGCACUACCUGCGCCAUGGAAAGCAUAUUUCGACGAAAAACUGCAAACCCACUACUACUAUAACGAGGACACGAAAAAGACCCAGUGGGAGCACCCGCUCGACCACGUGUACAGAGAACUGGUGAAGAAGGCCCGCGAUGCGUCCAUGCAAGAUGAUACUUGCGCUUCUGUGCAGGAACUUCUCACGUCUGAAGAAAACACCAAAAACCUUGAACGUAUCGAAACCAAAGUGGAAAGCGAAGACGAAGACCUCAGCACAGACAGCGAACAACACCCCUCAGACAUAAAGGACAAUACAAACUCAACCUUAUUACCAGGGAAUAGACGCCUAGCUCCUUUGGGCAGACCACCUCUAGCACCACUCUCGAGACUGGACAAGAAAUUAAGUGAUCUACGAAUAUCGCCUUUAAGACGUAGUACAGAAAGCCCAAUAUCCCCCAAACCGGUGCUAGUAAGAAACAUAUCUGAUAGGGAUAUAUUGAGUCGACCGACGUUCGAAAGGCCUAAGAUGUUGUUCAAACAACAGUCCGAAAUAAUUGAUUUGAAAAUGCAUGUGCUAACUAGUCCUGAAGAAGAAAAUUUUAGUCCUUUACUUGCUUCGGCGAAAAUAGAAAAGGGUUUGCCUUUGACUGGUAAAGGCAGUAUGUUCCUCAAAAUAUCUCGCUCAAACCUGCCCAGUCCAGACACAGAGAAAUCGUUACACUUAGACUCAGUCACGAAAAGCGAUCCACCAAAGGGCAUACUUAGAGAGAAAACAUCUGAUUCACUGCAGAGGAAAUCUGAAAGCGUAGUGUUUGGAAAGCCUAAACAAAUACCUAGCUUUGAAGAAGAUAAGAAGAGUGUCAGAUUCAAACUGGAAAACCUUCCCGAACCAACAGUUAGUCCUGGCUCAAACAGUUCCUCAGAACAAAACGACGGCCAAAGCUCAAUAAUCAGCGCUGUCCCAACCAUGCCCUCGCCUAUCAUACCCUCAUCACCCAUCAUGCCGUCCCCUAUCACACCUAUCACGUCUAAUAUCACACUUACACCCAUCACACACCCCGUGCCUUUGAAUACGCUGUCACCAUUGGCACCAUUGGUUGCGAGACCGCCUUUGCCUCCCCGUCUUGACAGUCCGAGGGAAGUCAAAAGCAUAUCAGGUUCUGAAAGGGAUUCCUUAGACAGUGAAAGUCUAAACCGUGGCACAUCCCCGCGACGUCGCCUCAUAAAGCCACCACCGGCUGAAUACAUAAAGCCGGAGUUAUUCCAAAAGAAUUUCCAGAAGAUAGCCGAUUUGGUGCGACGCGCGGACAUCGAUCCACCUUCUCUUACUUUAGAAGAACCUACUUCGGAGAAGGGGAGCAGACCAAGGUCACCAUUAAUACCACUCAAAAGCAAAAUAUCAAUAAACCUCAUGGAAAGUAUCGAGUCUGAAACAUCUAUAGACUCCCCGGACCGAGAAUUCGCUAAUCUAGACCUCAACGACUUGGACGAUUCUAACAAACAAGAUAUAAUAGAACUGAAAGAAAGCGAAAGAGAAAAAAGCCCAAGACUGGAAGAUAACUCUGAAAAAUCACAUUCCAAAGCUACUGAUUCCAUACAAAGAUCUCGUGACAUUCCAAUACCUCAAAUAAGAGUUCCUAAGUUAGAUUUCACGCAAAACAAAGCCAAAUUUACACAUUCCGACUCAGAAGAUUCCAGAAAAUCUAAAGACGAUGAGCCUAAAAACGCUAGAUCGAACAGUAUAGAUAUACCUAAAGACAUAAAAACACAACUUAAAUUAUCCCCUACUCCUAGUUUAGGUUCCGAUAGGUCCCCUAGAUUAGAAUUUACUAAAAACUGGUCUAGUCCUCUAUCUACUUUUAAACCUUUAGUUAAACCCGGUAUUAAUCCUUUAAAAUCGUCGGAUUCUGCGACGAGUCUAGGAAAAGGUUUGGCAAGUCCAAGAUUAGAUGGAGUUAUUCUAUCUCAAGGGAAAUCUAGUUCUGAUAACGUAGUAGUAGUUUACCAGUUUGAGACUCAAGAUGAAUCUCCGAAACCUAUAAAAUCUCCUUUAAUCCCUGAUAUGGGAGUAAGAGAAAUGAUCGAGAGAAAUAAGCAAGACGAAAGAAGAAGAUUAGAGCUGUCGAUGCAAAAGGAGUUGGAAGUAAUUCGGAUGGAGUUCACGGCUAAAGAGAAGAGAAUGAGAGCAGAGUUGCAAGAAGAGUUAAAAGAGGCUGAGGAGAAAUUUUUAAAUGAUAAGAGAGUGAGAUUAUCUGAGCAGGCUUUGAGGCAUCAACGGGAGAUGGAGGAAGCUCUCACAGAAGCAGAGAAAUCACAUAGGCAGGAAUUACAAAAUAAAUUAAAAGAGUUGGAAAGAAAAUAUCAUUGCGACGCCGAAAUGGCAGCGAAGCAACAUGAAAUCAAUUUAGCGAAGUUGAGAGAUGAUUAUAGCAAAAAGUUUAGUGAGUUACGGGAACAAUUAGAAAUAGAAAAUGAACGCGCUCUAACGGAUGUGCACAGUCAGUUACAAAUGAAUCUCAACAGAGAGAGAUCGCGUAUGAUAGAAGAGAACAGAGCUACUUUGGAAACGUUGCGGGAGGAACACACUAAUAGAGUUACUGACUUGAGACACGAUUAUAGGGCUGAGGUGGAACGUCUAAGGACGCAACACGGGUGUCAUUUGGAAGAGCUAAGGGCUCGCUUGGCGGGCGAGAGGGCGGCCGCUGCUAGAAUACAUGAUGACAGGGCUGUUCAUGAGAAAUACAAGUGUUUGAAGGAAAAAUACGCGAGGUUGAAGCAUGAUGUUAAGAUGUCAAUCGAAAGGCGUAACAAAAGACGCGAGAUGAGUAUGACAACCGGUUCGGAGACUGAAAAAUCGAAUUCGCACAAAGCCAACCAGUCUUUGGAAAGAUGUAAAGAACUGAAUGAAACCACAUCAGUCAGUGUUGUGGUGGAAGCGGAGCCAACUAGAGUUAGGAACAACAAUCCAACGAUCAAGUUUAACGAUAACGAGACAUCUUAUUCGGAGAGCAAUGCGCCUAAAUCUGUCGACAAUAAUAACGAAGACUGGAAGCUUAGGAGGGACAAUACGUUACAAUCAGACACAUCACAAAUAUCGGCGGUCAAGCACCCUCGAUCAAAAAGAACCAGCGUCGCCUUCCGAGAACCGCCCAGGCGAAGACGAGAGAGAGAUAGAGAUGCAGGUGCUACAACCGAUUGCCAAGAUUCUUCAGACGCUACCACUGCGGAUGAAAAGCCAAAAGAGGCAAUAAAUGGUCACGGCCGACGUAGGUGUUUUACAAGAUUAAAAUCUGCGUCAACGUCGCGCCUUAACUAUUCGCCUAAGCGGGGCGAAGGUUGGUCCAGUCCAUUAGAAUCCCUAAGACAGCAAUUACGCAAGUUAGAUGACUUAGAAGACCAGUUCCCGGACUUGGCAUGUCAACCGGCUUAUAGUUUACGAUAUCCAUUUUCCGAAUUAGGUGCGGUCGCAACCGCCGACACACCGGAAUUAGAGUUUGUCCGUCACCGCGCGCUAAUAGAACGGGAGGGUAUGCGCCGCGCGCGAGCCGUGUUAAAGCGCCGCAGGGCUGCGCUGAGGGAGUCUAGGGCUUCGCUGUCCCCGCAUAGAGCACCGUCGGAGGAACGCGAGGCGACCGAGCUAGAGGUCGCGUUACACCGAGCGCGCGCGCUGCUCGGCGAGAAGGAGAUAAGGCUGCGGCACAUCGAGCGCGCGCUGCGCAGGCUCGCCGACGCGCAGCCACCACCUUUGAUACAGGAGGUAACGACGAGCGAAGCGUCGUCGGGUAGCGAAGCGGGGAAUGAAGUGGAGGCCGGCGGCGCGGUGCUUCGCUCGCUUCGCGCCUUGCACGCAGACGUGCGGGACAUUUGGCGAGCCCUGGACGCUAGGAGACUUAACACGGUUUCACCAGAAACUAGUUCCUGUAAUAUGCCCACGACUUCCCAGACCAGGAUGACACUAUCCGCUCCCGAGCCCGUGAUGCAGGACAACUCGGACGGUGUGGCAGAGAGGGCUAAAGGGCUGCGCGCCUGGCUACAAACUGCGCCAUAAUCAUUAUGAUACGAAUAUCAUUCACUAUAUAAUAAUAUAUCUAAAUAUACGGGUAUAAAAGGAAAAGGUGACUGACUGAUCUAUAAACGUACAGCUCAUACUAGUGAACGUAUAGGAAGCAUGCAGAUAGCUAUUAUGACGUAGACAUCCCCUAAGGUAGGAUUUUUGAAAAAUCAUCCUCUAAGGAGGUUAAAUAGGGGUUUGAAAUUGGUGUAGUCUACGCGGACAAAGUCACGUGUUCUAGGCUAGUUAUAAAUACAAUGGAUUCAGAAAUAUGUUACGUGUGAUACAUAGGUUCCAGCUGGAUUGACUGUCGAUUAAUUCAAUGGUCGAUAAGCUCUCCGACCAGCCCCCCGAUUGUGUAAGUAAAAUUCAGGACUUCGUCUGUGGUGGCGUUUGCUUGUGUUCUGCUGGUGUUUAUUGGUGGUGGAACUGACUGGGAAGCGCUCUAAAGAGGCGCC